AUGUCGUGUUUCAGAGGGGAUCCAAACUUCUGCCCGGAGUGUGGGAACGUCCUCCCGCUGCCCGGGGUUUCGGACACGGUCCGGUGCCCCCGGUGCUCCUUCCGCAUCCCGGUGACAGAGUUUUCUGGCCAGGAGGUCCGGUCAGUGGUUGUUUUUAACCCCGCGGAGGAGUCCCAGGUGUCCCUCCGGGAUGAGGAGGGCUCGGAGCUGAAGGGGCCCGUGAUCGACCGGCGCUGCUCCCGCUGUAACAAAGAGGGGAUGAUCUACCACACCAGGCAGAUGCGAUCCGCCGACGAGGGCCAGACCGUCUUCUUCACCUGCACGCACUGCAGGUGGCUGCCGUUAUCCCGGGGGGGAGAAAGAAGACUCCUGAAGGACCCGCCGGGCUCCAGGAGGAAGGCCAUUCUGCUCCGGGUGGAUAUGUUCAGAGGCUGCUGGUUAAAAUGGAUGUCCACCUCAGUCCAGCCUGUUUAUGGAUGUGUGGGAGCCCUCAGUGGGACGUCCACAGGGUCCUAA